UCUCUUCUCUCCACCAAGCCCAUAAAUGACAUUUUAGCCACACCUCAAACUCCUCCUCUCUCUAUAUAUAUAAACCAGCCUAAUCUUCCCCAUUCCCACCUCCUUCCUUCCUCACUCACAACAAACGCAAAAACAAAAGAAAAUAAACGAAAAAAAGAAAUUCACACAUAUACAUAUUCAUAUUCCUCCGAGAAAAAGAGCAAAAAAAAGAAAAGAAAGAAAAUAUGGGAUUCCCAGUGGGCUACACAGAGCUUUUCUUGCCAAAACUCUUCAUCCACUUACUUUCUCUUCUGGGUUUUCUCAGAAAAUUCAUCUCCAUCAUUUUCUCCUUCUUGGGUCUCCAAGACUUUCUCGAUCCCGAAUCCAGCACUUCUUGGUCGUCGACGGACUCUCCGGCGACGACCCGAAUACCCGAAUUCCAUUCCGUCUCGUCGGUGCUGAUCCGGGAGCUCCUCCCCGUGGUGAAGUUCUCGGAGCUGGUGGACCCGCCGGAGAGCUGCGCCGUCUGUUUGUACGAGUUCGAAUCGGAGGACGAGAUCCGACGGCUGACGAACUGUUGCCACAUAUUCCACAGGUCGUGUCUGGACCGUUGGAUGGGGUACGAUCAGAAGACUUGUCCGUUGUGUAGGACCCCCCUUCUACGUGAUGACUUGCAAGGGGCGAUCAAUGAGAGAUUGUGGGCUGCUUCUGGGAUUCCUGAGUUUUACGCUGAGUAUUCUCAUAUCACUGGUUUGUAGUACUUGUAGUGGUAGCACUCAGAAGUACUCUCUUAACUAUUAUUAUUAUUGUUGUUGUUGUUGUUGUUGUUAGAUUUUCAAAAGAAAGAAGAAGAAGAAGAAGAAGAAUAAAAUGUAAGUUUUGGGGUUUUUUCUUAGGGGAUUUGGGGUGUAAAUAUGGGAAGAAUGAGGAUUGUACAGCUUUUGAGAAAUGAAAUAACUCAAAAAAAAAAAAAGGAAAUAAAAGAAAAUU